CUGAAGGUAAACUGAGGGAUGCCCGCGGCCGUGCGGAGUCCGAGGAGCAGAGUGCAGGGACAAGACGCCUGGCCUAACGUCCAAUCUGUGAUGAGGGGGACAGACCGGAACCUGGACUGGAGUCGUCCAUGGAUGGGACUGAGUCUUCUCAUGCUUCUGAACUAAUGAAGAGAAGAUGGGAAGCAAAGCUGAAGCAAAUUGAAGAGCGGGCUGCUGAUUAUGAGAGGAAGCCUUUGUCCAAAGUGUACAGACCGAGGCUCUCCAGACCAGAAGAGCCAGCCUCCAUUUGGAAACUGUUUCAUCGACAAACUCAAGCUUUCAACUUCGUUAAAAGCUGUAAAGAGGAUGUUCAUGUAUUUGCUUUGGAAUACAAAGUGGGAGAUGGACAACGGAUUUACCUCGUCACAACCUAUGCUCAGCUUUGGUUCUACUAUAAGUCCCGCAAAAAUCUCUUGCACUGCUAUGAAGUUAUACCUGAAAAUUCUGUGUGCAAGCUUUAUUUUGAUCUGGAAUUCAACAAACUUGCCAAUCCAGGAGCCGAUGGGAAAAAGAUGGUGGCCCUGCUCAUUGAGCAUGUUUGUAAAGCACUUCAAGAAUUAUACAGCGUUAAUUGUUCAGCUGAAGAUGUUUUCAAUUUGGACUCCAGCACCGAUGAAAAAUUCAGCCGCCAUUUAAUAUUUCAGCUCCGCAAUGUGGCAUUUAAAGAUAACAUCCAUGUUGGUAAUUUUGUCAGAAAAAUUUUGCAGCCUGCUCUUAACUUAAUCACCAGUGGAGAUGAUGAUGGAAUUCCAGAGACAGCAGGGCCUGGAUUUUCCCAUUUUUCUGAAGCACCAAGAAAACAAGCAACUUUCUUUAACACAAUGUCCAUGCAAAAAGACAGGGACGAGAGUGGGGCAUUGCCUUCAGGAACACUGGAGAGGCCUGGCUCCGCAGAGCACAGCAGCCCUGAGCUCUCGUUCUUAGUUGUGAAGACCCAGACAGGAGCGAGGCACCUUUUUGUGGAUCUGGAAUAUCGUUGGUGUGACAAUAUUGGAAGAGCCCACAAGAGUAAUAAUAUCAUGAUCCUGGUUGAUCUGAAAAAUGAAAUUUGGUAUCAAAAAUGUCAUGACCCUGUAUGUAAAGCAGAAAACUUCAAAUCUGCCUGUGUCCCAUUGCCUCCGGAAGUGUGUCUCCAGUUGCUUCUCACAGAUGAAGAGGAAUUCACGACAGCUGAAGUCAAGAACAGUGAAACUGAGAAUCCUCAUAAGCCACCAACUAGCAAGUUAUCAAAGGGUGUGCCUUCCAUUGAUGACUGGGAUAAUGGCAUUGACGAUGCCGGUUUUUUAGAAGCCACUGAAGAUGCUGAAUUGGUUGAAGCAACAGAGAAUAGUCUUCUGCGUUACAACAGUGGGAUAGAUGAAAUUCCUGAUGAACUACUUCAGGAAAUAGUACAGGAGUAGCUGUGGACACUUUCUAGAUGGAUGCUUCUAUAACUAGGUUUUAACUUGCCUGAACAUUGUUGGAUUUUAUAAUGUAAACAUUAAAUUAACUUAAACCUAUUUAUAUGAACUAAGUUUUAUCACAUUGCUGUUCAGCUAUAUAUAUGUAUCUUU